AUGGCCAAGAGACGAUCCAAACGCAAAGCCACCGUGCUGGAAUCGCUUCUGGAGGGUGUGGCCGCAUCCGCAAUUCCAAAGAGGGUACCUUUGGGAUUCGUUUGCGGUUAUCCACUGAAUGGUGGGGAGUUAUACGGAGGAUCCAUGUUCAUAAAGUCCGCGGCAAAUGAUACUUUGCAAGGCAAGGCCAUCCAGGCGGUGAAUGAAAAGUGGGGUGAAGAUUUUAGACAAUGGGGAGGUCACGAGACUAUAGGAAUCCCUGUCUGCAAGAAGAAGUAUUCUCCAUUCUCCUUCAAAAUUGUCAGGCAUGAAACAGAGGACAGCGACUGUUCGGAUGACGAGGAGGAACAACAACAACAAAAACGACGACGGCCACGAUUUGAGGUUGUAGUCGAUCGACGAUUUGGAUGCAAACUUCAUUCGUGUUGUCGAAAGAAUGUCAUUGAGAAAUACGGAGUGCGCAAGGGCUGGGAGCCCUUUGGCCAAUGGUCCAUGAAGAAAGCAUUGGAAUUGGCACGAAAAGAAACAGAGAGACUGAACCAACGUUCGGAAGUCUCUGGGUCAUCUUCUGCUAGUUCCGACUGCAAUACUUCUUCUUCGGAAGAUUGGACUUCUUCGGAUGACGAACGAAUAUCCAACAACAAUUCACUGCUUUCCAUGUGUAAUAAUGGCACAUGCACGUGGAAAGUCAAAGCAAAAUACGACAAUAUCUAUGCCGAAGUUACGGGCAGAUCGGAGUCUGAUGACGAAGAAUAG